AUGAUUGCCAUCGGUCUUGAAGGUUCCGCCAACAAACUCGGCGUGGGUAUCAUGUUACACCCUAAGGACGGUAGCACCCCGCAAGUCCUCGCCAACAUCCGCCACACAUAUGUCUCCCCUCCCGGCGAGGGAUUUCUCCCCAAAGAUACAGCAAGGCACCACCGGUCCUGGGUCGUCAGUCUCGUGAAGAAAGCACUCAAGGAAGCGCGUAUCUCCGUUGACGAUGUGGACUGUAUAUGCUACACCAAGGGACCAGGAAUGGGAGCUCCCCUUCAGAGUGUGGCAGUGGCUGCACGGACGCUAAGCUUACUAUGGGGGAAGGAACUAGUUGGUGUUAACCACUGUGUUGGACAUAUCGAAAUGGGUCGUCUAAUUACCGGCGCAUCGAACCCGGUCGUCCUAUACGUGUCUGGAGGGAAUACACAAGUAAUCGCUUACAGCUCGCAACGGUAUCGCAUCUUCGGUGAGACUCUCGAUAUCGCGGUGGGCAACUGUCUUGACCGAUUCGCGCGAACGCUACAUAUCUCUAAUGACCCGGCUCCGGGGUACAAUAUUGAGCAACUCGCCAAAAAGGGCAAGCAACUGGUCGAUUUGCCAUACACAGUAAAAGGCAUGGACUGCUCUAUGUCAGGCAUUCUUGCAGCCAUUGAUGCUCUCGCCGCAACGUACGGACUAAACGGAGAACAACCGGAUGAGGAGGAAGACGUAACAGAUGUUACGCCCGUUUCAGACGGGGCUUUAGAAAGCCGGAAACCAACCCGGGCAGAUCUGUGCUUUUCGCUGCAGGAGACGGUAUUCUCGAUGUUGGUGGAAAUUACAGAGCGCGCCAUGGCACAUGUUGGGUCGAAGGAAGUUUUGAUUGUUGGCGGAGUCGGAUGUAAUGAGAGGCUGCAGGAGAUGAUGGGGAUCAUGGCGCGGGAUCGCGGAGGCAGUGUGCAUGCCACGGAUGAGAGGUUUUGUAUUGACAACGGGAUUAUGAUUGCCCAGGCUGGUAUGCUCGCAUAUAAGACAGGCUUCCGGACGCCGCUCAAGGAAUCUACGUGCACGCAGCGCUUCCGGACGGAUGAUGUAUUUGUGCAAUGGAGAGAUUAG